AUGGAGCUGACUCAGAAUCCUCUGGAGAAGAUCUGGGUGCCAUGGAUGAACAGCAGAUUGACAUGCAGGAGAGGCUCGUCAGUGCCACAGUUCACCAACUCUCCUACUAUGAUUGUGAUGGUUGGUCUGCCUGCUCGUGGAAAGACCUACAUCUCCAAGAAACUCACACGCUACCUCAACUGGAUUGGAGUUCCCACUAAGGUGUUUAAUGUGGGACAGUACCGUCGAGACGCUGUCCGCACCAAUAUGAGUUAUGAAUUCUUCCGGCCAGACAAUGAAGAGGCCAUGAGGAUUCGCAAAGCAUGUGCUCUGGCAGCGUUAAAGGAUGUCUGUUCUUACUUCACCCAAGAUCACGGACAGGUGGCGGUCUUUGAUGCCACAAACACGACGUUAGAACGCAGAGAGGUCAUUUUGAGCUUUGCCAAAGAGAACGGCUAUAAAGUCUUUUUUGUUGAGUCUCUUUGUGAUGACCCAGAAAUCAUUGCAGAAAACAUUAAGCAAGUGAAGCUGAGCAGUCCAGAUUACAUGAGCUGUGAUAAAGAGGAGGCCGUCGCUGACUUUCUGAAGAGGAUCGACUGCUACAAACUCACAUACGUUCCUCUGGAUGAUGACAGAGACAGGAAUCUGUCGUACAUUAAGAUCUUUAACGUGGGAAGCAGGUUUCUGGUGAAUCAGGUUCAGGAUCACAUUCAGAGCCGUAGCGUCUACUACCUGAUGAACAUUCACGUCACUCCUCGCACCAUAUACCUCUGUCGACACGGAGAGAGUGAGCUCAACCUUCGGGGACGCAUAGGAGGCGAUUCUGGUCUCUCGCCGGGGGGAAUGAGGUUUGCUGCUGUUCUGGGCGAGUACAUCCGAGGUCAGUGUAUCCCUGACCUGAAGAUCUGGACCAGUCACAUGAGAAGAACCAUCCAAAGCGCUGAAGCCAUUGGUGUACCUUACGAACAGUGGAAAGCCCUGAAUGAGAUCGAUGCAGGUGUGUGUGAGGAGAUGACGUAUGAGGAGAUUCAAAAUCAUUUUCCUGAGGAGUUUGCACUCCGAGACCAAGAUAAAUACCGCUAUCGCUAUCCAAAGGGUGAGUCGUAUGAGGAUGUGGUUCAGCGUUUAGAGCCUGUGAUCAUGGAGCUGGAGCGACAGGAGAAUGUGUUGGUCAUCUGUCAUCAGGCUGUCAUGCGCUGUCUGCUGGCAUACUUUCUGGACAAAAGUGCAGAUGAGCUGCCCUAUCUGAAGUGUCCGCUGCAUACAGUGCUGAAGCUCACACCUGUGGCCUACGGCUGUAAAGUUGAGUCAAUCUUUCUGAAUGUUGAAGCAGUGAACACACACAGAGAAAGACCAGCGAAUGUGGAUGUGGACAGAGAUCCAGAAGAUGCCCUUCAGACCGUACCAGAACACAGUUAA